AUGAUGCAAGCAUUCCUUAGAGCCGCUGAUGGAGCACGUGAGAACAUUGGGGUGGUGAAGGCGUAUUCAGAGCUGAUCCGCGAUUUGGCCUAUGACAUUGAAGAUAACCUAGAGGAGUUCAUGGUCUUCGUCAAGAACAAGAGCCUUAUGGAACAACUUCUCAGCUUGCGAGAGCGCCAUCGCAUUGCUGUCCAGAUACGCAGUCUCAAACUAAGAGUCCAGGAGGUGAGCCAAAGGAACAUGAGGUACAAUGCAAUCAAGCUCACACCAUCCACCUCCACUGAUGUGAUAGGUGACACAGAGUUUACCCGGAAUUUCACGGCUCUAAAUGUUGAGGAAUCCCAACUUGUUGGUUUGGAUGAGCCGGAGAAGAACAUAAUGGAAUUAAUAGGCAAACCGAGGGAAUCCAUGGAACGUAAAGGUCCAAGAGUGGUAUCCCUUGUUGGUAUGGGUGGCAUUGGCAAGACAACUCUCACGAAGAAGGUGUUUGAUAGCAAGGAUCUCAGUGACAUGUUCACCACCCGUGCUUGGAUCACAGUGUCACAGUCAUUUGACGAAAAGGAGAUUUUUAAGGAGAUGGUGAAGCAACUAUUUGGAGUUGAGUCAUUGAACAAGCUCUUAGAAGAUCAUCAAGGGCAACUGGUGCGAGAAGUACAUCUUGCUGACUACAUAUCCAAAAAGGCUUCAGGAAACAAGGUUACUUUCCAAUAUAGUGGUAAGGAUGAUAGUUGUGUGGUAGUGACUACAAGGAAUCAUAAAUUAGCUGAAUACUGUAGUCCCCCAUCACACAUCCACCAACCUGAAUUCCUGGGGAAAGAAGAGGCUAGAACCUUGUUUCUAAAAAAGACAAAGAGAAGUCUUGAUGACCUAGAGAAAGGUGACAAAACCAAAGGAAUAGUUGAAAAAAUACUGAACAAAUGUGGUGGACUCCCACUUGCCAUUCUGACAAUUGGAGCCCUACUUGCCAAUAAAGACACAGAGGAGUGGGAGAGUAUAUACAAGCAACUCCCCUCGGAUCUUGCAACUAAUCCAAGCCUUGAUGCUCUAAGGCGAGUGGUUAGCCUUAGUUACAGCCACUUGCCUUCGCAUCUAAAGCCUUGCUUUUUGCAUCUCAGUAUCUUUCCUGAAGAUUUGGAGAUUGAAAGAAAACACCUAGUGAAUAGGUGGGUAGCUGAAGGGUUGGUAGCAGAUGACACAACUACAAGAACCCUUGAAGAAGUUGCUGAAAGUUACUUCUAUGAGCUCAUCAGCCGGUGCAUGAUUCAACCAUCUAAGUUAGAUAAUAUGGGGAAGGUGAAAACAUGCAGAAUUCAUGACAUUGUGCAUGAUAUUGCGGUGUCAAUCUCUAAGCAGGAGAACUAUGCAUUCAUACAUGGAGAACACACCUCCAACAUAGCAACAAGAGUUGGUAUCCGGCAUCUGUCAUGUGUUGCUUGCAGGAAACUGAACAUUGCCAUGGAUUUAAGCUGUGUCCGGUCUUUAACUGUGUUCAGUGAGCCUCCGGAGCUAGCAUCCUUACUUUGCUCAUCCAAAUUCAAGAUGUUGAGGAUUCUGGAUUUAAAACAUGCUCAAUUUGCGGCAAGCCAACAAGAUAUAAAAUACAUAGGGUUGUUGCUACACUUGAAGUACUUGCAUUAUCCAAAGUCUCCAAAUAAUAUUUAUGCACUUCCAAAGUCUAUAGGUAAUCUGCAAGGUUUGCUGACUCUAGACUUACAAAAGUCAAAAGUUUCGACCCUACCAAUAGAAAUCACUAAGCUCCGUAACCUCCGCAGCCUUCGAUGCAGCAAGGUACGCUCUUAUGGUUGUUUCGAUACAGAUGAAUUCAAACCUGGGGAGUGGUUCAAGGAUGCCAUAGAUUAUUUAAAGUGUAAUGCUUUUGCAACUGCUGACCUGCACAUGGCCCUGUCUAGCUGCUGGUCUAAUUCAUCUGGCAUUAAGUUGCCUAGAGGAGUGAGAAAACUAAAAGAGCUACAGAUACUAGAGAGAGUGGAUAUCAAGCGAACAAGUCAGAAAGCAAUCAAGGAGCUAGGGGAACUAACUCAGCUGAGGAAGAUAGCUGUGAGAGGGAGAGGGGCCUCCAAGAAAAACUGCAGGGCAUUCUGUGAGGCUGCGCCGAAACUGUCCACCCUCCGUUCCCUCAAUGUGAGUACUAAGGAGUUCCGAAAAACAGCUGAGGUGCUUGAUAGGUUGGUUGCUUUUACAUCCCCUCUCCCCUCUCUUGAGCGUCUCAAAUUGAAGGGGCGUCUUCAGGAGAUACCUGGUUGGGUUGGUAAAUGUGAGAACUUGGUGAAUGUUGAAUUGAAAUAUUGUGAGCUCAAGGGAUUGGAGGCCUUAGCUGAACUGCCCAACCUGGUACAACUUCGUCUUAAAGAAGAUGCAUUCAAUGCAGAGAAUUUAGUGUUCCGCAAGCAUGGAUUCCCAAAGCUCAGGAUCUUACUCAUACUGUCUCAUACUGAAAUGGCACUGAGGGAGGUGACCUUUGAGCAGAGCACCUCGCCUAACAUGGAAACAAUACACAUCGGGAGAUGCAAUUUGACAACAGGGAUCAAUGGUAUCAACCAUCUUCCAAAACUCAAGAAGAUUUUUAUUAGGUUCUGUCGUUUGGGGAAGCAAGAUAUGCUACGGGAGGAAGUGGAGAAUCACACGAAUCACCCUGUGCUGCAAAUGUCUAAGGUUUACAAACCAUGGGAGAGCUGGCAGUCUUGA